GACACCCCGCAGCCCCCCAUUUCCAGCUGUCACCCCCUAAAAUCGCCUCCAGGCAGAGAGGGGAACCUUCAUCUCAGCCCGGGGUGGCAGAGGUCACCGUCACACCCUGGGAAAUGCAGACGUGCCUUUCCAAAGCACCAGGAGCAUCCAGAAAACGAAGUGGGUGAGAGCGAGGGAGUUAAAGAGAAGUGGGAAGGAUGGUUGGACGUGGGCAAAGGCUUCUGCAGGAGGGGAAAGCUGCAAUGGUUAAAAGCUGAGCCCAGCGCACAGCAGAAGGGAAGCGGCGGCGUGUGCCUGCACAAGGGCAUCUGCGCAGCUCGGCGCAAACAAACAGAAAAAGCAGAAGUCAGUGGGAGUGAAUUAGUAGUCGGGGACUGCAAAAAAAAAUCCGUACAGGAAGCAAAACAAAAGAGAAAUCGUGAGCCGUAGGGGCUGAGAGCACUGAGAGGGUGCUUUUGAAAGAGCUGGAGAUCACCGAGAAAACUGCAAAGCUCCGGGCUGGGACUGGAGGGGCAGGAGGAAGGAGGGCAGGAGCCGGGCUCCGCCGCCCGCUCGUCUGUGCUCGGAAACCCAGGCAGAAGGUGCAAGCAUGCAUGAAGCAUCGGCAGGAGGAAUUAAAAAGCAGCUUUUAAGCACGGCCGCCUCGCUGGAGCCACGGCAAUGAAUGGGCACGCUCUGCCGGCCGGCACGCCAGCGCAUCCCCGGGGCUGGCAUGAGUUCUGCGAGCUGCACGCCAUCAGCACCGCCAAGGAGCUGGCGCGCCACUACCUGCGCUUCGCCACCGAGCACCCCCACCAUGACCUGCUGGCCGCCGAGAACUUCUCGGUGCACUUCACCGACCUCUUCCAGCAGUACUUCUGCAACGAGGUGAAGGAAGGCUUCGCCAUGAGCCAGCUCCGCAUCCUGCCCGCCGGCCCGGCGCGGGAUUACCGGGAGACGCAGCGGCGGCACACGGACGCCUCCAUGGGCACGGUGGCCACCAAAACCGAAGCGGAGCUGGCCGCUCGCCCCGAGCAGCCUGUCCGAGCCCCCGAGGCGGCCCCCGCGGGGCUGCGCAAGUCGUGGAGCUCGGAGGAGCUGGCGGGGCCGGCGCGGAGACCCUUCUCGCUCAGCCAGCUGCGCCGGAGCUGGCGCAGCCUCUUCCGACGCCGCUCCUCGGAUGCCCUCCCGGCGGAGGCCGACGGGGAGGCGGCGGAGGCUGCUCUCAAGCCGGGACUGAGCAAGCGCAUCCUGCCCUGGGGGCUGUCGCGGGAGCAGCCCCCCGAGGUGCGCAAGGAAGGGUUGCUCAAAUAUGGGCUGCUGGACGAGAGCUCGCUGGACAGCGGGACACGCUGGCAGCGCUGCCGCCUGGUGCUGCGCAGAGCGGGGACGCCCGACGGCGAGGAGUACGUCCUGGAGCUCUUCGACCCACCCAAGGGCUCCAAGCCGAAGCUGCACACCGCCUGCUCCGCCGUCCAGGAGGUGCGGAGGUGCACGCGCCUCGAGAUGCCCGACAACCUCCACACCUUCGUCCUCAAGGUGACCAACGCCACCGAUGUGCUGUUCGAGGCGGGGGACGAGCAGCAGCUCAGCUCCUGGACGGCCGAGAUCCGGGAAUGCGCGCACAGGGGGUCGGACACGGGUGACCCCGAGCUCCUGGCGGGCCGGCACCCCGACCCCGCGGCCACCAGCCCCACCACCAGCACCGACUCCCCGAACCAAGGGGCGACACCGGGGGGGCCGGCGGAGGCGGCGGGGCCGAAGAUGGAGCAGUUCCUGUCCUCCUGCCCCUGGUUCCACGGGCCCAUCUCCCGCAUGAAGGCGGCUCAGCUGGUGCAGCUGGGGGGGCUGGAGGGCCACGGCGUCUUCCUGGUGCGGCAGAGCGAGACGCGCCGCGGCGAGUACGUGCUCACCUUCAACUUCCAGGGCAGAGCAAAGCACCUGCGGCUGUCGCUGACGGAGCGGGGCCAGUGCCGCGUUCAGCACCUGCGCUUCUCCUCCAUCGUGGAGAUGCUGCACCACUUCCACCGCUUCCCCAUCCCGCUGGAGUGCGGGGCCACCUGCGACGUCCGGCUCUCCAGCUACGUCGUCGUCCUGCCCCAACCGCCAGCUCCCGGCUCCGGCACCGCAGUCCCCGUCCCGCUGCCCGUCCCCGGCUGGAGCCCAGAAUUCACCCUGACCCCCGCCACCACCGCCGCCACCUCCUCCUGUCCCCGCGGCCCCGCCGAGCCCCCUCCGGAGCAGAUCUUCCACCUGGUGCCACCGCCGGCAGAGCUGGCGCAGAGCCUGCGGCACAGCGGGGCGGCCGCGGCCCCCGGCGCUCGGCCCCGCGAGUCGGACUACGAGGUGGAAGCCCCGGGCCGGGGCCACGUGCGUGCCAUCGACAACCAGUACACGCCGCUCUGACGGGCCCCGGGGACGCACUUUUUUUGGGUGGAGAAGUCCUGGAGCCCCUCCGGGAGUCCCAGCGAGAAUGUAACUAUUUUCUUCCUUCUGGUUAGGGAUUAUGUUUUAUUUUCCAAGGAAGGGAGUCGUUUUUCACUCCAGUACGGGUGUGCUCCCUCUCUUCGGCCUGUUAAAGGGCCUUUUUUUUUUUUUUAAUUAUUAUUAUUUUGGAUAUGAUUAGAGCUUUCUCAUUACUGUUUACACACACCGCUCCUGCCUGCAUUCCCAGCUGCGUGGCCGGCACGGGGGCACUGCACAGCCCGGCUCCGUCCCCUCCUCUCCCCGGCACCGCGGCGCCCAGAGAAGGAACCGGGCUCUCGCGUCGCACCCGGCAUCGUUGGAGCAAACAAACAGGAAAAAAACAACAACAAAAAAAAAAAAAAGGAAAAAGAGGAUUAUAAAUUCUUUGACACGUCGCUGCUUCGGGCUGCACACAGGCGACGAAGAGCCACUUCCUCCCGCCCCAGGAUGUGCUGCCGCUGCACAAAGCUGCCAGCAAGCCCCGAGCUGCCGGAGCCGAGCUUCGGGUCGUGCAAAGCCGCUAGAGGAGUUUGUUCUUUCUUUUAGAUAAGGCAAAAACUGGCUUUUCUCGCUCCUUUUUUUUUAAAAAAAAAAAAACAAAAAAACAGAACGAAACAAGACGUAGCACAGUUGCAGUCACUCCCUGCACCAGCCGGAGAACUACUUACCCCCUCAGCUUUGUUAAUUAAGACGUGAACACUAACACCGCUCCACCAUUAACCACGCAAACGGCCGAGGACUAACGCGGAGACUGUCAGGG